UUUCUAAACCCUUUGCUCCUAAUUCUUGAUCUCAGAAGAGAGAUUGUAAAAUAUGGAGACCGUUGCCGCACCUGUCCCUUCUCCGCCCCAUCCUCCGUCGUUUUCUACCUUCUUCCCCUUCUCCACCGCCGCAUCCUCCCCUCUUUAUCGCAGCUGCCCAAUCCUUCUCCUCCCAAUUCACUGGCGCCGCCUUUGAGGCCUCUGAUGACCCCUUCGACCUUGCCCGUUCCAUCUCCACUGAACUCGUCAAGCUCUCCACCGCCGCCGAUCCCUCCUUUUCCUCCUCUUCCUCCUCCCACCUCAACCUCCACCACCGCAGAUGAGCAAGGCCGUGUGGUGGCUCGUCAUCGAGCUCCAGCAUGGUGCCGGGGCCACUGCUGGCGCCGCUCCCCAUCCCCACAUCUCCAUCGGGCUUUUUUCAAGACUCCAUCGUGGCCAGUCCUGGAUCUAUGAACUACGGGAAGAGGGCUGGGAUCGUCGUCGGCGACGGUGGUCGGAGUCCUAGGGAAGGGGGAGGGGGUCUUCUUGCAGGAAGGCUUCUUGAGGUGGUCACGGUUCUUGACGACGAGGUCGGCGAAGGAGGUGGGGAAGCCGAUCUGACGACGAGAGAGGCUCUGUGCUCGGGCCGGAGAUGAUUUUUUUUUUUAUAUCCAUUUCAUUCUAUGGGAAUGAGAUUUUGACUCAGUUGGGAUGAGUCCGAAUUUGAUUACUUAAGAAAUGGAUCAUUCUUGUUCCUUUCUGAAAUAGAAAUCGAAAUGAGAUUUUUUCCAACUAAAUAAUUGAAAUGAGAGUCAUACAUUUUGAUUCUCAUUUUAAAUCUUAAUUAUUCCAUUCAAAUACCCCCUCAAGUUAAUGCAGCCUAUCGGGCCUAUGAUGCAAUAUGCAUCGAUCCAUGUAGAUAAAUUUCAGUUGAGAUGGGUCUCGCAUUCAAUUUAGUUCAGCGGGGCGUAGAUUGGCUGGUCCUUGCAAGUCUAGCAAUCCGCCUCCCGACAACUGUUUGGAAGAGGUUUCCGCCUCCGGAUCCGAUUCAGAUAGAAGGAGGUGGAGAUCACGCAGCAGGAGUGCUGGAAGGCAUACGAAAUGGAGCGCACGCAACGGAAGGCUCAUAUCUUCUAGUUGAGAUGGCGCUCCAAACCGUAGCUUGCUCUCAAAUGACAAAUCCAAUCCCCUUUCUUCGUCGGCCCCUUCCGCUCCUCUCUCUCUCCGCAGCCCCGGUCCAAACCCCCUCCACUCUCGACCCCCACCCUCUUACCACCCCCUCCCAAAAAAAAUAUAUAUGCAUGGAGUUCCAGGCGUCGGUGCGUUUUGUUUCCAUGUGGGAUUCUCUCCGUGGUUUGCGCUCGCGGAUCGAUCUCAGUUUUACCUCUGGCGGUGUCCGGCUCAUGCUAUCAUCAAUUCGACGGUGGGUUUUACUUGUUUGAGGAAAUUCGCCUCAUCUUUCGAGCCUUCUUUAGACGUGCCUAUGAAUCGGGAAGUAUUGUUCCUAAUUCUUUCCAUACGCUUAUCUGCAGCCACGUUAUAUCCUCCGCUCCUCUUUGGCUUUUCCUUGACGAUUCUUCUCUAAUUAAUUUAUCUGCUGCAAUUUUCAGGAGCGGCAGUCGAACCUGGAGAAACCGUCGAGCGCGAUCCUGGGGAUCUCAAAUAAUUGCAUCCGACUUAGGCAUCGCUUGGGGAAUCUAAGAAGGACGAGGGAGCUGAAGAAGUGCCUAUCUUUGUGAAGUUCGAUGAUCAGAAGCCAGUGCUUGGAAAUCUUUCUGCAGAGAAGUGUGCCCAGAUCUCAUACGACCUGGUAUUCGAGAAACAAUUUGAACUGUCUCACGGCUCCAAGAAUGUCGGUGUAUAUUUCUGUGGAUACAAGACCGUUGUGCAUGAUACUUUUGGAUAUCCUUCUAAGUGUCCUUUGUUUCGGAAGUACUAUGCUCGAUCAUUUUAUCUGUUAUAUUUUAAAAUAUCAUUAUCUUGAUUUCGUUGACCUCAUCUUCUUGUUCCAUGGAUCACCUCUGAUUAUGAAUUUUAAGAUAGUGAAUCUGAUUCUGAAGAUGACCUGUAAAUUGGCCAAAAAACAAAUGUUGUUACAAUCAGGCAAGCUCAUUGUGAAGGAUGAGAAGGGCAAGCCUGCGACGAGAAAGGCUACUGCUGGCAACAAGGGUGCUGCUUCAUCUGCUAAACCCAAGACCAAGAGGGAAGAAUCAAUAAAGGCUGAUAAACCAAAGGCAGAUGAGGAGGAUGAUGACGAGGAAGAUGAUUCUGAAGAAGUAUCUAAUGAAGAUGAGGUUGACAUGGCUGAAACUCUAUGUGACAGUGAUGAUGAAGAUGAAGAUGAGGAUUCAGAAGAGGCAGAUGAAGCUACACCCAAGAAGGCUGAAACUGGCAAGAGGAGACCAUGCUGAAAGUCUGUGCCAAAAACAUCUUGUUCAGAGAAGAAGGCCAAAAUUGAGAAAACAGGUGAGAAAGGUCAUACUUUAACUCCCCUCCCAGCUAAACAAGUUGGGAAAGCACCUGCAGAUGGCGACUAGCAGCAAGGACCUGUAUCCUGUGGAUCAGUGAGUUGCAAGCCAUGUUCCAAGUACAUAAACAUUACAUUUGUAUUUUUAAGGUUCACCUUCUCUGUUUUUCUCCAGAACUUUUGUCGCGAAAAUGCUUGUAGGCAAUGAUGGAAGAGGCAGUGGUAGGCAUGAAGUGGCAACCUCCUCCUCCUCCUCCUCGUUCCUUUUUUUUCUUUUUUUUUUACAAAAAUCUUUCUGAUAAUAGAUUGAAAUUAUAGGUCAUCCAGUAGUUUCUAAAACCUACAUUUACAUCCUUAAAGUUUUAAUCAAUCUUAUAGGCUAAUUCAUA